UCACUCUCGAAUUUUUUUCUCGCCGACGAACAACUUCUGCUAUUAUGUUUCAGUAUUUUAUAACGAACCGGACGACAAUAGUAUAAUUGCAUGAAAUAAAUAUCAUUCAUUCCUUAUUCCUGCAUUGUUUGGAAUUAUCCGUUUGAAACCUUGGUCUUUUUAAAAGACGAGCGAAAAUGCAGGGAGUGAAGCUUUUUAAGAAAUUCCUGAUGCCCUGUGGACUCUGUGCCGCUGUACCGGUGCUCAAACCUGCAUCGCCUGACAAAAAUUUCCCGUCGAAUGUCACUAAUGAAACCCAAGAACCAGUCCUCAUUCGGCCUUCUGAGUUACCAAUUUAUGUAGCUGAGGAAUCAUGUGUGAAGGCGAAGCCGUGUGAAAACCAAGUUUCAGCACCUUUCAUUGAAAAUGGCUUUGGCACCAUCCGCAAAGGUGUUCAAGGAUUGUUUUCUGAAUACUCAGCGGUUACGGAAGGUUUCAAUAACAAAAUUAGCACCGGAUACGAACACAGUUUAUUGAUGCUGGACUAUCUUCGAGAGGAAAGUAACAUGAUGCCUCGUUUAGGAGCUGUCGGCAUUGGUGGUUUGGCAGGUCUGAUAUUUAGUUUGAGAGGUGGAAAAUUCAAGCGAUUUAUAUACACUAGCACUGGAGCUCUAUCGGUAGCUGCUGUAUGUUAUCCGAAACAGGCUCAGGAGAGCUUCAGCCUAGUCAAGCAUUAUGCCAAUAUCGGCUACAAUUUCGUCUAUGGCGUGAAACCCGGUGACGCUAAUCAACUGGAAAUCAAAUGGCCUGAAAUGCCAAAAGUGGAGUUACCGAAGUCAACCUCAGAUUUCGCUGAACUUGCUAGCAGUUUUACUUCCGCCGUUGGUUCUUUACUCAGCAAAGCAACUGAUGCUCUGACCGACAACACCGAGAAAAAAGAACCUUCUACCGAGUCCAAACCUAAAGCGGAUUAAUUUGAAAAAUGAGCCAUACGACAUUUCCUCGAAAUUGAUAGUCAAAAAAAAAUGUACAGGAAGCAAAGAGAUUAAUAUGCGGCAAGUUUGGAUCGUUGCGAAUGUAGCUACUCAAUCAAGUUGUAUUAUAUGAAUACGUAAUUAAUAUCAGAGCUAUUUACAGACCAGGCGUGAAUACGAACGAAAAUAAAGUAUGUGCGAAAUUUUACUGCAGGCAGAUUA